AUGGCAUCCGCAGCAUCCUUUCCAAUCGCUGAGUCGCAGGUCGAUCUGCGCCAGCCGCAAUAUCCAAAGAACCGCGAGGAAUGGGGACCGAUCCUCGAAAAGUUAAACCAGGCGUUAGCUGAGUCGAGCGGCGAAGGAGACUCAAAAUCAGUCGCCCGCCACUUGAGCAGAGGACAACUGCUGGCACGAGAUAGAAUCUCCCUACUCUUGGACCAGGACUCGCCUUUUCUCGAACUCGGAUCAUUUGCUGGGUACGGGCUGGAAGAUUCAAACGCAUGUGCCAAUCUUAUCGCGGGCAUUGGUUCCGUCAGUGGACGCAUAUGUCUCAUACUCUCGCACAUACCGACUCAGAGCGGAGGAGCAUGGAAUGAGCAGACAGUGAUCAAGCAAAACCGCGUCACUGAGAUCGCCACGGAGAACGGCCUGCCAAUAGUCGCACUUGUCCAAUCAGCCGGUGUCUUCCUUCCACAGCAGUUCCGGGUAUUUCACAAAGGAGGCCAAAUCUUUCGCGAUCUGGCUGUUCGUAGCCAGCUCGGCCAGCUUUCCUGCGCUGUUGUAUUCGGAUCCUCUACCGCCGGCGGCGCAUACCACCCGGCUCUGUCCGACUACACGAUUUUCGUACAAAAGCAGGCACAGGUGUUCUUGGGCGGCCCGCCUUUGGUGAAAAUGGCGACGGGCGAAGUUAUUGGAGCCGAGGAGCUGGGAGGGGCUGAGAUCCAUGCUUCUGUAACAGGCCUCGCGGAUCAAAUGGCUACGGAUGAGUUUGACGCGAUCCGAAAGGCCCGAGAUUGGGUUUCAUCUUUGGCAUCACCGGAUAUUCCACCGGCCAUUGCGGCGCCCCUUCCGCCGCGAUACUCUGCUGACGAUAUCCUGUCUCUGAUCAAUCCGGACAUACGGAAGCCAUUUGACAUGGGUGAGGUUCUUCUGAGAAUCGUGGAUGAUUCAAGGCUCUCCGUUUUCAAGCCGAGCUACGGGCGGAACUUGAUCACUACGUGGGCAAAGAUAACCGGCCACACGGUUGGGAUAAUUGCAAACCAGACGCCUGUCAUCAACUCGGAUGAGGCAUCCAAGGGAGCGCAAUUCGUCCGUCUCUGCAACCAGCAAAAUACACCAUUGAUCUUCAUGCACAACGUGACGGGAUUCAUGGUCGGGUCGAAAGCGGAGCACGCGGCCAUCAUCAAACGCGGAGCCCAGCUGGUAUCAGCCGUGAGCUGCUCUCAGGUACCGCACAUCUCAAUCAUCUGCGGAGCGUCGUACGGAGCUGGCAAUUAUGCCAUGUGCGGGCGAGCGUACAAGCCACGAUUCCUAUUCACCUGGCCAACGGGGAGGUGCAGCGUAAUGGGCCCGGACCAGCUUUCCGGCGUUAUGGAAACAAUAGAACGGGCCAGUGCGCAGAGCAAAGGGAAGGCCGUAGUGGAGGAGGAGCUUGAUGCCAGGGUGGCCAAAUUCCGCGAGGGCGUGCAGAGGGAUAGCGAGUGCUACCGGACGAGCGCGGUUGGGCUGGACGACGGCAUCAUCGAUCCGCGGGAUACGCGCGAUGUGCUGAGCAUGUGUCUUGAUGUCGUGACAAAGAGCGGCGUACGGGGGGCAGAAGGCCACCGCGUGCUCGCGCGGAUGUAA